AUGUCUAUGAGAACACUUCCUCUAGUUUUUAUUAACCUCGGCGGAGAAAUGCUCUAUAUUCUGGACCAACGUCUUCAAACUCAGAAUACCGCCAAUGAUAAUACACAGAAAGGUGUAUGGUCAGAUGACGACAGAAAAAGAGUUAUGAAUGACAUCAUAGCCACCAUGUUCAGUAAGGCCUUUAUGGAGGAACUGCUGAAGCCUCAGGACCUCUACAGUAAUAGGGCUCUGAGAACAGUGCUAACACGACUAGCCCAUGCCUCCAUCAUGAGGCUCAACCCCGCCAGCAUGGAUAGGCUUUAUGAAUUGAUGGUGAUGGCUUUCAAAUACCAACUCCUGCUAUGUCCACGUCCUAGAGACCUGCUGAUUAUUUCAUACAAUCACAUAGACGCCAUCCGGGAGUUUGUGAGAGACACCCCCAGUGUUCUCAACCAAGUGGACGAGACACACCGAAAGAUCAUUGAGGUGUACACACCCUUGUCUGAUGGGGAAUUUCAACUCCUCCGACAAACGCUUCUCAUAUUUCUUCAAGACAUGCAUGUCAGGGUAUCACUUUUCCUCAAGGAUAAAGUGCAGAAUCCCAAUGGACGCUUUUCUCUCUCGACCACAGGCCCAGUGCCCCAUGGGACAGAAGUCCCGGGGUUAAUCAGGAUGUUUAGUAGCAAUGGUAAGGAGUGGAAGAGAUGGGAGUUCCCCACUGGAGGCAGUUACACCAGCUCCAUCCGAGUGGGCUCCUUUGAGCGGUUUGGAGAUAGAGUCAUCCGAAUUGGGACAAAUAUGUACAGUGUGACUCAACCAGAAGAAACUCACACAUCCAAGAACUACUCUCAAAAGGCGAACUCUGAACCCAACCCCCUGGCCAAAGAGGAGCUGAACCUGCUGGCUCAACUGCUGGGUGGAAUGAAGGUUCAGAACCGAAACACUGAAACAGGGUUCCGGGUCAACCUCUUUGCCACAGACCAAGAAGAAGAGGAGGCUGGAGCAUCAGGAGGGAAUGGGGAUCAGUCAUUCCAAGUGAUUAAUAUUCAAGCAACACAGGACGUGCAAGUCAACACAGAACUGGCUCGGAUCGCGGGAGAGUUUACCGGGGAGCCUGAACAGACUGAAUCGCCAGCGGGACCAAGCAACAAGGGGGAUGACCUGCUGGCCAUGAUGGAUGAACUUAUUGAACUAUAAUGUUGAUUAUGAUGAGGUUUUGGUGGGUAGAGCUGUACAAUCAGUAUUGUAGUUUGGGCAAGAUGCCUAUUGUAGUUUGGGUGCCUAAUGUUACUGUGGUUAUCCACUAU